AUGCCCCAACUUAUAUUAGAGAGAGAAUCUGCUAACUGGUCAAGUGGAAAUUUACAAAUUGAUGAAUUUAUUAGAAAAGCACAACAGUCAUUAUAUUAUACUCGAUACCAUGAACGGAUUCCAUAUAAUUUUUAUAUUCGAUACCCUGAAUGGAUUUCAUAUAAUUGUUUAACCAAAAUAAAACACAUUGGUAGAAGCGAAUUUGAAGCAAAAUUAGAAUAUGAAUCAACUUUCAAUUAUAGAAGUGCACUACCAAGAUUUGUUUUAUUGUUGUGUCUUAUAUGGAAUUCCUCAACAUCCGAAUAUAUGCUUGUGGAACCCUCAUCUCUAUGCAGCAAUUGUCAGCGUAAAGUGUUAAUAGGUAAAUGCUCUAACUGGUCAAGUGGAUGUUUAUUUAUUGAUGAAUUUAUUAGAAAAGCACAGCUGACAAUACCUUAUAAUCGAUAUCCUGAAUGGAUUCCAUAUGAUUCUUUCACCGAAAUAAAACAUAUUAGAGGCAAAUUUUGUGCAUUAAUUUCUGCAGAGUGGAGCAAAGAACCAAAAAAUAUUUAG